AUGGGAAAAAAAUAUUUAGUAGCACUCGAUGGUUCAGAAAACUCUAACUACGCUCUUUCAUGGGCUCUUGAAAAUCUGAUUGAUCUGAAUGAUGGUGUAUUAUUAUUAUUAAGCAUUGGCAUCUUAUCUUGGAGCGUACCGUUUGAAUAUUCUGCGGUAGAACAAGAAGCAGAAAACAUUGUAAAUAGUGGAAAAAAAUUGGUUGAGGAUUAUCUUGCAACUAAAAAAAUAGAGCUUCCUCUGGAAUUACACUUUAACUCUAGUACCGAUCUGCCGAAUUUUAUUGUUGAUUUCAUCAGGGAACAUCAUGUUGACGUCCUCGUUUUGGGAAAUAAAGGGAAUAUUUCUCGCCAUUGUCUUAGUUUUGCUGAUUGUACGGUUGUAAUCGUUCGAAAAAAAAUACGAGAUAAAGCACUAUCAAAAGCUACUAUUUAUCAGUGGAUUGAAUUAUUCAAUGCUGAACAAUCAAGGAUUGAAGAUGCACCUCGGUCUGGAC